GUGUAAUUUCGCAAGGAGAAAGCCGGGAAACUGGGAGGAGGAAAGACGAGGAAAAAAGCUCCCAGCUACAACAGAGAGGGAUUCUUUUGAACGAGACUAGCCCCGCGCCGCGUGGAGAAGGCCAUGUCGUCCAUUCUCGGCCCCCAGAGGUUCGAAGUGAUCGUCGACAGGGAAAAGUUUGAAAAAGACCUGCAUGAGACGCUGGCUAAGGCUCUGAGCAGUACCGAGGCACCUCCCAAAGAGAAACACGUCCGAAAUGCUCUAAUUGCUACCUGGAGAGAGAAAGGCUGCGCGUCUUUCUGGAGGGUCGCCCGUCAAUUUCCAGUCCUGCGAUCACACAUAGUGUGCUGGAAAACCUGUUUCGUCAUCCACAGAACUUUCCGUGACGGCUACCCAGAUGUUGUGAAGAAGUCUGCUCAGCAUCUCAAGUUUCUGUCAGAUGUUGGCAAACACUGGAGUCACGCAGUGGCAGGUUUUGCGCCACUGAACACUGCCUAUAUCAAGGUCCUCAUGCUCCGGAUAUCCUUCUACGUCAAGAACCCAGAGGUUCCUGCAAAUCUCAACUUGGAGGACAAAGAGUUCAAAGUUCCGACCAACAUUGACAUUGUUCUUCCACUCUACUCUUCUUUUGUCACUUCGGCUCUCUUCCACUUGUAUGCGGCAGUCAUUACCAGCAUCGAUCCUUCUCGCGGAGUGACAGCCGCACAGAUUCAGUGUCGUCUGGCCCCUCUCAUCCCAGCCAUCCAGGACUCUGCAGCUCUCUAUGAUCUAGUCUUCAAGCUCAUGAAGGCCCUACAUGCCGUACAUACCAUUUGCUGUAUUUGUGGAGUUGACUGUUACUCCUCACACACACGCACGCAUGCACACACGCACACGCACACAGCUCUGCCGGCAGAUACGUUGUCAGGUCACAGAGAACGUUUCAACAGACAGUACCACGCUCUUCGCAAGUACUUCCUCGAAGCCAGUAAGAUGAAGUAUCUCCAGCCACUGGUCAAGAUUCCCACUCUCUCUCCCGACCCACCAAGUUUCCUACUACCUGGGGAGCUAAUUGACCAACAACUGUCAAGACAGGUGGUGAGGAUGCCGGAACAGGAAGAGUCUUCCCUCACCUCACUGCAGGGAUCCACUGCCAGGGAACCUUCACCUGAUCCUCCUCCGAGACGAACCGACGAAGCGAGGUUCAACGCAGCGUUUGGUUCACCGACGUCAGAGAGUUUUGACUUUGCUCCACCCCCACGAAAAGACACCAGGUAUAGUGUAUGUUUCACAGAUAUUGCAGUGUUAGUCAAGCACUGUGAGAAUGUUCUGUUGAAGAAGGACCUUGAAUCUUGCCAGAAGGGAGCAUCGGUUACUGCAGAAGCUCGAGUAAAUGCGUCAGAGGAAAGGUUUGUCAAACUGAAGGAAGUCUAUUCCAAGCUGCGUAACGAGCACAUCCAGUUGUUGAGGACCGAGGGAGAAGGCAGGAAGAAACUACAGGUAACGACGAAGAAGGUGGACCAGGUGGAAAAGAAGGCAGAGGAGGAGGCAGACAGAGUGACUCAACUCAGGGCUGAACUGGAGGAGGCCAAGGCUGCCUUUGAGGAGGAGACGGCACAGGCUGCUUUCCUUAGAGAGGAGCUCCGCAAGAAGGAAAUGAUGUCAAUUCAACUGGAGAAGACUCAGCAGAGUUUGGAACAACAGUUGCAGGAGAAAGAACAGACUGCCCCUCACCACGAUCUCGUUGUACAAGCUGUGGAAGAAUCUGAGAGCGUCAUCCGCAAGGUACUGGACGAGCUCAAGAACCCUGACCUGGGCGGGGCCACUUGUAGCCCCGCCUUCUUGUUGGGCCACACCAAAACCAGUCUGGACGUCAUUGACUCUGUCACUGAGAGUUUCUCCGUGUACAACAGCGACCCCUCGUCAAUGGGGAAGGCCCUCUCGUCUCUGUCCACUUACACCCACUCCAUGUGCGAGGUCGUCUUACUGGGUGUGGCCACGUCCCAUCUCGCCCCCGUUGAGGAGGGGAAAAAGCUGGAGGAGAGCACGCAGACCAUAGGAGAGCAGUGUCUGGAGUACCUGUCGGUACUGAAGAGAGAGAAACCGGGCUCUGGAACCAUCGCCUCUGCCGGGAACGCUCUCCAGAAGACCAUCAGGGGUCUGGGGAGACUGGCAGGCGACCUGGUGGGUGAGGCGGGGGAGGGGAAGGAGGAGGAGGCACUGGGUGACGUGGUGGAGGAGGAACUGGCAGCCACUUCGCAGGCCGUGGAGGAGGCAGCUCGCAGGAUUCAGGAGAUGUUGGCUAAGGCGAGGGAGGGUGACUCGGGGGUCAAACUGGAGGUCAACGAGAGGAUCCUGGACUCUUGCACCGGUCUCAUGAAGACCAUCAAGACCCUCAUCAUCAGAGCCAGAGACCUACAGGGAGAAAUCAUCGCCGAGGGAAUGGGAAGCAAUGCGACGGCCUAUGAUUUCUACAAGAAGAACUCCCGCUGGUCGGAAGGUCUCAUUUCUGCCGCCAAACAAGUCGGCUGGGGAGCCACUGUUCUUGUGGAUGCGGCUGACAAGGUGGUGCAGAGAACCGGCAAGUUUGAGGAGCUGAUGGUGGCGUCUCACGACAUUGCUGCCAGCACAGCUCAACUGGUGGCCGCCUCGCGCGUCAAGGCUCGACCGAAGAGCGAGAAGCUCAAGAGCUUGAAAUCCUCCUCCAGAGAUGUGUCAGAGGCAACAGGUCAAGUGGUAGCCUCCACCCAAUCAGGAGCAAAAGUCACCAGACAGAACAGUAAGAAGAUGGACUACACCAACAUGUCUCUGACUCAGGCCAAGAGGCUGGAGAUGGAGAGUCAGGUGAAGGCUCUGGAACUGGAGAAAGAGCUGGAGAUGGAGCGGACGAGGCUCGCUGAGCUCAGAAAGGUCCACUACCAUCUCGCCGGCGCCAGCGAAGGCUGGGAAGAGGAGAUAAAGGAGACGUAGGCUGGUGCUCAGAGGAGAUUUUAGUGUAUCUAUCAAAGAAAUAUUGACACCGAGUUUUAUGUCCGAUACGUAUUGCUUUUCCAAUUGUACGAAUUUUUGUUGAGUUUCACCGAGAAAUAUUGAAAAACGCGCGUGGUACUCGCGAGUGUGCGAGCGGUGUAAGAGAGUGAAGAGGAAGAGAGGAAUUCUGCAAUGGAGUGCGAGUUGGUGCGGCUGGCAGGCGUGCCUAUUGGUUUGGUGACGUCUGCGCUCUUCUACUCGACCGACAGUGCGGGCUCUGCUGGCCAGGAAGAGCAUGAGGGACCCUCGGAGCAGGCGAGGGAGGUGCAGAUAGCCGUGUGUCCCACUGGGAGGCUGCUGGCCUUUAUAGCCUCAUUCAAGGCCCAGUUUGUAGCAUCCACGGACUCGCUGCAUGCUCCAAGAGUAGCAGUAGGCGACGUCCGUGUCUCCUCUGCUGCCUAUCAGACCAGCUAUGAAGGACUGUUGAAAGUAGUUCGCGAUCCCAACACACCAAGACCUAUAGCUACUGCCGUCGUCGUAGUUCCCGUGGCCUUGGAGUCCAGGUGAGCUGGGAGAAACACUGUUGCAUCUCCCUCCCUCUGUCAUCCUCCGACAUUCUCCCUCUAGGAAAGAGCCGUCCAGUGUUGUUCUAGUAGGAUUCUCAGACGGCUGUAUCCGAGCUUAUUCUAAGAUGGGGGUCAGUUUGUUCACCCAGUUUCUCCACGGGGAACCAGUGGUCAAAAUUCGGUGCAUGGCCCCCAGUGGGGACCUGCAGAACUCACCCACUAAAGCCAAUGUGGGUGGGGUGUUGGUGGUGUUCUCAAGUCUGGUGUGUGUGGUGGAGGGGUGGAGUCUGUGCGAAGCCGUCCACCAUGCCGUGGAGACUAGAGACAAGUCGUCCCUCGAGGAGGAGGAGGAGGACGAGGGGGAGGCCCCCACAAUCAGCUUCAGAAAGUGGAGACUCGGAGAUCAGGGAAGAACUGCUGAUGCAGCACUUCUUGCUCCAUCCAUUCCCAGUCUGUACGACUAUCUCUGUGAAGCAGGGAACGUCGGAGGAUAUGAUACCACCGUCAGAGGAAGCCCCGCCCCCCAAUCACAGCUCAUCGUUGUGGGAGAAAGUCCAAUGAUAUCCCUGUACAAAAUCUCUAAGGACUCGGGGACUGUGAACGUGUCGGAAGUAGUGUCGGCAGUUGCCUCAAAGAUGACCAGAUCUGUACUUGGGAAACUCUCCCGGGCUGGGGGUUGGUUGGGAUGGGGAGGAGGGGGAGGGACACCACCUUCCAAGGCCAAGCCACCAGAGAAGAAGUUGAUAUUGAACCUCCCAAUGAGUACCAACGUCCCAGAUGAGAGGCGGGCAGUGAGCUCCAUCAGUGUGUCUCCUCUCGGAGAUCUCUCGGUGUGUGUGGACGGAUUUGGACGAGUCCUUCUCCUCGAGAACCACUCCAUGACCGUCAGGAGAAUGUGGAAAGGAUACCGAGAUGCUCAGACUGGUUGGCUCCUGGUUCAAGACUCCACUUCUGACCCCCCGUCUGCCGGCGGGCGACACAAGAGGAAGAAGGGACGGUCUUCCUCUAGCAGCAGCAGCGGAGGUCGCGAGAGGUCGUUGCCGGGGGAGACAGGGAAGAGGGCCCAGUGUCUGUGUCUCUAUCUUCCUCGCAGAGGACUUCUUGAGCUCUGGCCAGUUCAGAAUGGCAGCAGAGUGGCUGUCUUCCAAGUAGGGAAAGGUUGCAGGUUGCUGAUGGCUCCUCACGGUGUGAUCACGGCUUCGAAAUCAGAUGAAGAUUCGGGCGGCGAUGGAGAGGGGUGGAGCAAGGGGUGUGGUCUGCGAGACACUGCUGUCUUGUUGUGCCCAAAUGGCCACCUUCUCUCCUUCCUCGUACCAUUCCCAACUCUAGUCAGACUAAACGAUUCAUCAUCUCACGAUGCUCACCUCCUCCAAAAGUUGCCCCCUGCUCUUCAGUCAGGUGAUGGUGAGGUGCUGCUCCAGAUUAUUACAACUCUCAAGACGGCACACUCUCUCAAAGAUGCAGUGGAGAGAGUUGUGUACUCCUACCCAGUCUCUGGACUACCUGCCCACUAUCCAGCCACCGUCAUAUACACUGCUCUCACUCGCACCAAUCCCUCCAACCCAGCCCAUGGAGCAGUGAGGGGGUACCUGACUGGAGUGCUGCAGCUGUUUCGUCUCCAUCUUGGUCUGAGUCAGCUCACGGCCGCCACUGCCACUAAACAACCUUCUCCCCUCCCCUCAUCCUCCUCCUCCCUCCCUCAGAUGCUGGGUGAUCUGUGUGGGCUGGCAGGAGAGGCUGCAGCAGAGGUUGCAAGCUCCCUGCAGAGCUACUCGGCCUGCAAACCAGCCAAACUCCGCACCCACAUCGUCCGCUCUCUUUCUCUCCGCGACUUCCUCCGCUGUUUCGACCUCCCGGGGAAGACGAUGAGUCGCAGUGUGGAGCUGUGUACGAGUGGAGAAUGGGGGCGUGGUCUCGGGUGGGGAAGUGGGUGUGGUCUCAGCCGAGUCUCGACGCGAGGAGAUGGAAACAGUGACAGUAGCACUCAAGAAAUCCAUCAGCGAAUCUUCUCUUUCUGACAUUAGUUUUGCCUUAUUUCACGUUUUGCUGACACAAGAGAUUGCUGAGAAGAGUGUUCGGAGUCUACUGACUGGCUGUGGGGUACCGCCAUCCACACUGCUGACGUUGCUCACGCGGGUGUUCCUGAGUGGCCGAGUGCUACCAGUCAGAGGAGACCCUCGCUAUCUACUGUUGAGACUGCACAAGAUACUCACCACCAUCUCCUCUCUCGAAGCUGGUAGGAGAGAGGGGAUGAAUGAAGCAAUGACGGAGGUCAGGAGACAAUGCAGCCACACCCACAAUGCUGGCCACGCCCUCCUUCUGAUCCUUCUCUGUCAGAGACUCAUGUCGGAAUGGAACCGAGAUGCUGAGGUACAGGAGGAAGGAAUGGAGGUAGAGGGGGAGGGGUGGGGGGAGGGAGACUGGGGAAGAGGGGAGGAGGGAGGAGGUGAGGGGUGGGAAACGGUGACGGAGGAAGGGGAGGAGUGGGCGCGGCUCCAGCUGAGACUGGAGGUCCUCACGUGUCUGUGUGGAGUGGUGGGGAUGGCUGUCGUGAGCCGGGCUCCAUCUCUCCCUCUACUGAGGAAGACCACUGGGGAGACACAGGAGGAGACACAGUCUGGGAGCGAGGGAUGUGUAUCAGUGGCUAUGUUGGAGGCGGUAGGUCCCUGGCUGAUAGCUAACACUGUGGCCUACUGGUUGGUGGGCCAGAGAAUGUCUCCCAAUACAAUAGCCAGUCUCCCCUCACCUCCUACACCCUCCACCCUGCUGCUGGUGAAGGGGAGGUGGUGGAGAAGUUGAGUCCGCUACUGAAGAUGUUCAGUCGUUCCCUCUCUAGCUGCUCACUACUGGUCCACUCUGCCUGGCAGGCCUCUUGUCUCUGGACCACCGACCCUGCCAAGUACCUGGAGCUCCACGAGUACGUUCUGAAGUGUCUCAGUCUCAUUUCGGGUCCCCGGAUCCUAGCAGGUACUUGUCUGUUUCUGUGGCAGACUGUCUUCGAGCCACCUGUGAUGGAACUGCUCGAUAGACUAAAGAGAGGUUCCCAGCAGAGAAGUGGGGCAGUGGAACUGGCAUCUCUCACCAGAAGACUCUUCACCUAUCUCUACCAGCUGGGAGAGGGGGGAGGAGAGGAGGAGGAGGGAGAGGGAGGGGAAAGAAGUAAAUCCAGCUCAGCAAGAUACCAUCUUGAUCCCCGUGCCUGCUGGAAAUAAGAGACUCCUAAUGGACGUGGCUCGAGUCCUGCCUCUCCCUCCACACCCUCUCCUCCGGGCCUACCUCUCUCUUCUCCUGCACACCGAGCUCGCUCUCAUCCUCGGCCCCGCCAUCAACGUUACCUCGUUCUACCCCUCCUGGGUGAGGACGGUGGCCAAGAAAGGGCUCCUGAGCUGGAGCGGCGAUGGAGGAAGGACCCACCAGUUCCCUCCCACUCCUCCUCAACUCCAGCACAAGAGGACAAAGUUUCUCUGUGAGGCAGUCACUCAUAAUCUCGACUCGCCCUCUCCGAAACUCCGCCCCUCAAUCCCCAGUCUUGCCGUUCACUCCCUCCCGUCGUCGUCGACCCAGACCGACACCCCCUGGUCCGAGGCUAGAGGUCGCGGAGGUCACGAGUGCUCUCUUUCUCCUCGGAGAGCUGUGGGGGGUGGAGACUGAGGUCGUUAGGAGACACUUUGUCUCAAGUCUCUUUGCAGCUGGUCUGGGAGACCGCGGAACUGAGGCAUUCCAGAGUGUGGGAGACAAGUUGGUGGCCGGUAGAGAGCUCCUCUCUCUGGCUGGCUGUCUGGCUGACCACCUCCUCCAGCAGGUGGCCAGCAAACCCCAGAGACUGGCACUCACUGCUCAGCUACCUCCCUCUCAACUGGAGUGGAUCAGAAAACAGAGCUCAUCAGGGGUGAUGGCUGGAUGUCCGAGGGUGUCCCCCACCUGGUCUUCUCUCUCCCAACUCCUGUCUCUCAUCCAGCCCCACCUCCCCCCUCCCUCCUCCUCCUCUCGUCCUCAGUGGUGUCAUCUGCCAGUAGUACGCUAGUGCUGCCAUUGCACAGACUCUGGCAAAGAUUGCAGCUCAGCAACAAACUUCAUGAACCUCACAACCUUUUUUCAUUCAUGCUUGAUAGUGUUAGGGCAAUGUGUAAAUUGUAAACCCCC